AUGUGCAGCGAGUGGCACGGCGCAGGCACGCCAAUGUCUCGGUCAUCGAGCGCCUCUUCUGUGCCCGACGAAAGAUAUCAUUACGGCAAUCAGAUUUACGUUGAGCGGGGGAAGCGGCCUUUUGUCAACUUCGAAUACGUGGAGCUGCCGGACGAAACCGGCUUCUUUCCUCAACCAAAGCGCCCGCGAUAUAUCAACGCUGCUGCCCAUGAAAGAGCCCGUGAGCCGCCAUUCUUCAUCCUCAGAGAGGCAGGCCAGUCAAGCUCGUCUUCCGAGUUUGCCUUUGACGAUGCAGACCAAGUUGCUAGGACGCCCUCGCCUGCGCUGUCCGCCAGGGUUUCCGACAAUGAGGCACAGGCACACCGCCAUUUCCGCGCGGACCUGCGUCCGACUUCCAUGGAAAGGACCUCGUCAGGCUUAUCGAUUGCGUCUGACGGCAAGGAGCGCGAAAGCCGCUCCAACUACUCCGAUAUGCGGAAGGAUGAGCAAGCUGCCAGCAGGGUGGAACGGCACUUUGCCCAUUACCAUUCGCGGGCCCGAGACUCCAAAGCUGAACGCAUCCUGAAGAGCCUCAUCUCCCCGAGGUCAACGCCCGGGGACGAGUUUGAGAUCGACAACGCGGCCCUGCAAAGCAUCUUCAGCGCUGCAAAUGAGGUUUUCUUCCACGGAUCCCUAAAGAAUCGGGUGAGAUGGGACUGGUCCGAUGGCUCCAACAUGAGUUAUCACACUCAGAUCAUCGGCACAACAGCCCUACGAGUGGCUCAAGAUGGGGGAUUCGAGACACUGAUCGUAUUGUCGAGUCGCUAUCUCAAGGACAGACGAUAUAACCGGCGGCUGCUCAUAUCGACGUUUUUACAUGAAUUGAUUCACAGCUACCUCUUCAUCCGCUGUGGCUUCAAAGCGAAGCGCUUCGGGGGACACACCUCCGGCUUCCACCGGAUUGCCAGGCUGAUCGACGAGUGGGCCGGUCCGGAUACUCUCUUCCUAAGCAACAUGGAAGCCGAUCUCGACGACUUCCGGCUUGCGAGCGGGAAUCUAUCCUGCGACGACAUCCCCAGGAACUGUGGCAUGCAGUGCUCGGAAGAUGUCAACGGCCAUCGGCCGGCCAGCGCGCCGAUCCGAUGGCCUGAUCUACGUUCAUCGGACCAAAGAUAUUACGGAAAUACUUCUGGUCCGAUAUAG